AUGCACCCUGUGACCACCGCCCCCCUCGGCCCCAGAAUCAAGUGGAGCCGCAUUUCCAAGGAGAAGGAGGUGGUGCUGCUGGUGGCCACUGAAGGGCGGGUGCGGGUCAGCAGUGCCUACAAAGACAAGGCCACGCUGCCCAACUACCCGGUCAUCCCCAGCGACCCCACCCUGGAAAUCCAGAACCUGUGCUCCAAGGACUCUGGGAUCUAUCGCUGCGAGGUGAUACACAGCAUCAAGGACAGCGAGGCCACCCUGGAGGUGGUGGUGAAAGGCAUCGUGUUCCAUUAGAGAGCCAUCUCCAUGCACUACACCCUGAACUUCAACAGGACACAGCGGGCCUGCCUGCAGAACAGCGCCAUCCUCACCACGCCCGAGCAGCUGCAGGCCGCCUGCAAGGCCAGCUUCCACCAGUGCAACACCAGCUGGCCGGACGACCAGACUGUCAGGUGA